CGCGACCGGUGACCAUGGCGUCGGCGGCGGCGGCGCAGGCCAGCUGGGGCGCCCGGCGGCUGCGGCUCUUCCUCUCCACGCUGAAGCCCGGGAUCCACGUUCCCCAGGCCGAGCCCGCGGCUGCGUUCAGCUCCUCCGUGACCUCCGCCAAAGUGGCUGUGAACGGCGUCCACCUGCACUAUCUGCGGACUGGAGAUGGAGAGCACGCAGCCCUGCUGCUCCCAGGAAUGCUGGGAAGUGGAGAGACUGAUUUUGGACCUCAGAUUGAGAACCUGAAUAAGAAGCUCUUCACGGUGGUUGCCUGGGAUCCCCGAGGGUACGGCCAUUCCAGACCCCCAGAUCGAGAUUUCCCAGUAGAAUUUUUUGAAAGGGAUGCAAAAGAUGCUGUUGAUUUGAUGAAGAUGCUGAAGUUUAAGAAGGUCUCUUUGCUGGGGUGGAGUGAUGGUGGGAUAACAGCCCUCAUUGCAGCUGCAAGAUACCCGUCCUACAUCAACAAGAUGGUGAUCUGGGGGGCCAACACCUACGUGACCGACCGGGACGAGGAGAUUUAUCGGGGUAUCCGAGACGUGUCUAAAUGGAGUGAGAGAACAAGAAAGCCUCUGGAAGCCCUCUAUGGGUUCGACUACUUUGCCAGAACCUGUGAAAAGUGGGUGGAUGGCAUAAAACAGUUUAAGCAUCUUCCAGAUGGUAACAUCUGCCGGCACCUGCUGCCCCUGGUUCAGUGCCCCACCCUAAUCGUGCACGGUGAGAAGGAUCCUCUGGUCCCGAGCUUCCAUGCCGACUUCAUACACAAACACGUGAAGGGGUCACGCCUUAAAUAUGUACACAUCAGAGGAGAACCUGUUAUUCAGAAUCACAAAACAGCAGCGUCUGCCAAGCCAGCUGUGUUGGUGGCCCAUUCGAUUAAAUGGCAGAGACACGUUCCUUGUCUGUGUAGCCCUGUUUCUGCCCACCAGCCUGGGGACGCCAGAGAACCUAAUAAGACAUGUCAGCAGAAAUUCUGUUCUUCAAUCCCAUUUGUUUCUAUAUGGAACAGAAAUUUAUAAUUUACAUACUUUGGCUGACACGGGAGCCAGCUUCCACUGGUGCUUAAUAUCAAGAUGAAAAUUCCAUGUUGAGCAAGCUCAGUAUUUCCGUGAUAUGCAGUGACGCACAUCCUGAAGGAGAAAAUGAGGUGUGACCAGGAGGUGGUGGCCUGGCUUUGCUUUUUUUAAGCAAACCUACUGGAAAAUAAACGCCCAAGUGAGCCUUGAUCCCUUCAGAGACUGUAUAUUAAUUCCAGAGGUGCUGUCAUUACUCAGGA